AGUCAGUUGUUCACUGAGUGUUAAUUCUCAGUUACUGAUGCUGUUCGUUUUCUUGUUGUUGGUAGUACCUGUUCUAGGCUUGAAAAACACCAAUGUGACUCGUACGAUACGCUUUAAAGGAAACAUUGUAAAGAUACAUCAUGAUAUUCUACUGAGUGAAACACCUGCUAAGUACCAACUUGUCAUUGAAGAAAGAGAAUGGAAACAUCUGUCCUUCAUCGGUGCAUCGUGUGGAGACCUGAAGUCAUCGCGGAAAGUCCCUGUAAAGCCAACAACCGGCAUGCCUUAUACGUACUCUAUAGAUCUUGGAAAACCGUCGACCGAAAAAAUUCAUUUGUUUGUGGACAUUGUAUUAACUGAAUUGUUAGAACCAAGACCUGCUGAGAUUUAUCAAGCUGAUAAGCAGUUCGUCAAGUUUAGUGGCAAUGCUUACUUUUAUUCCCCGUAUCUGACUGACAAUCAGCUAACGUACAUUCACUUGCCAAAGGGUCAACUUCUAACUCACACUGCUACGUCAAUCCCACCUGUCAUAAAUGGAAAUAAUUUAGUCUAUGGUACUUACGAAAGCCGUCCAGCCUUCUCGACGGAGCCACUUGUCCUACAUUUCGAGUAUUACGUUCCAUUCCUGACGGUCACUGAUAUGACUCGUCUCAUCGAAGUAUCGCAUUGGGGAAAUAUUGCUGUUGAAGAAACGCUUGAAAUCGUGAACACGGGUGCGAAGUUGCGUGGUUCGUUUUCUCGUUUGGAUUUUGAUUAUGGAGUUGGACAACAGGUAGCAGUCAACUCCCUUAAGACAGUUCUACCACCAUCUGCAAAGGACAUUUACUAUCGCGAUGAGAUUGGCAAUAUAAGCACAAGCACAGUCAAAAACCUGCUAGAUUCCGUGGAGGUGACUCUCGUUCCGCGCUUCCCGUUGAUGGGUGGAUGGAAAACGCGCUACACAAUAGGAUACAACAUCCCAGCCUAUGAGUUCCUCUAUCACAGUGGUUCUAAGUUUGUUCUUGUAAUGCCGUUCAUUGACCGUGUUUACAAGGAUCAAUUCAUUCGCAACUUAACGCUGAAAAUUGUUCUCCCCGAGACCUCUGACGAUAUUCAGUUCGAAACACCUUUUCCAGUUCAUGAACAGCAUUUUGAAAAUUUGAAAACAUACUUAGACACAUCAGGCCGAACCGUUAUUGUCUGCAAAGCUGCAAAUCUUGUCGAUGAACACAUUCAAGAUUUCAAGGUGAAUUAUCGCUUCUUUCUGCCAAUGCUCCUCCGAGAACCUAUGAUGCUGAUUUUAGCUUUCUUAUGUAUAUUCGGUGCUGUAAUUAUUUAUGUCCGCUUGGACUUUUCGAUCUACAAGGAUGAAAAAAAUGAACUUCGCCUUCGAAUACAAACGCUAGUAGAUGAAACUCAAGCCUUGCUAAGAUGUCGUUCUUCUUUGUAUCAAUGUUAUGAAGAUGCCCUGACAAAAUAUAAAGGAUCUAAAGAUAGCGCACAAUUCACAACUGAUCGCCGUAAAUUAGAAGCGGAAUAUAAAAGUCUAAAUCAACAGUUGAUGUCAGUUCAGAAUAAAAUAGGAGAUUUAUAUCCGGACGGAGUAGAUAAAGUAGGCUUCUUAGUAUAAAUUUUUGUUUUCAGUUAAUAUUCUUACCUUAAAGUUUAACACUUGACUUACUCAAACUUCAAAUGUGUAAUGGAGUAUGACUGGAUUUUCACUUUGUUUGGUCAUUUAUUCGACACAUAGUCACUAAAUUGUGUUACAUUAGUCCAUGCACUACAUAAUCAAGCCGACGAACGGUGAGAUUUGUCAUGUACAUAAUCUUGGGUGUUCUUCACUGCAUAUGAUACUUGUUUAGACAAAUGUUGGUGCAAAAGGAUAUCCGAAGUAUAUAUGGGCAACACAAAAAAUGAGAUUAUGAAGAGAUAGAGAAAGAUCUGUACAAAAGCCGCAAACAAUUAAUAUAUGUAAUUGAGUGAGAUUGAAGAAUAAUUAGUGUAGUUCGGUUAAGAAAAAUGCAAUCAAGAAGAAUCGUUUCAGUUAAAAAAGUGUUAGCGGGACAUAGGCUAGAUUAAAGCAUGCUCAAUGCAUGAUUGCUUUGGUGCACGCUGAUUGGCUAAUUCUUAUCCAAUCAGCACUAGCCGAUAGUUGGAGAAUACUCUGGAAUCUUCUUAUGUAAAAACUAUAAAUAUACUGACGUUUUUCCCUAUUGUGCUUCCUACUGGCUUCUGACUUGCUAUUUGGAAUAUAAUCUCUUUCCUGUUCAACCGUGUUCUGAUUUGGGGACUUGUCGAGUGAAUCGGUGUCCGAGAAUACUAAGCAAUAGGAAUAGUUGGGUCAUAACCGUAAGAAAACAGAGUUAUAACAGUGGCGACGGGGAAAAGCUAAAGAAAAAUGGCGAUUUCUUUAGAACAGUUGCGGUUAAUAUUACAGCACCAGCAGAAGUUGUUAGCCUUGCAACAACAACUAUUGAGCACACUUUUCACGCGACCAGAAAAUAAGAAAUCUGUUUAUGAUGCAGUAACAGACAUUUCAGAAGCAUAUCUAGUGGAGGGUUCAAAUCCCUUUAUACCUGAAUCAGAACGUAAUAUUUGUAACGUGUCCGGCUCACAGCAAGAAAAUCCUGUGCUGAAUGCUCAUAAAGUUGUGGCAAUACGAGAUUAUCAAGAGCCAGACCCUGUAGAUGAAGCCCGGAGUCCAGAAUUGAAUGAAGCACUACUGGUCCUGUCUAGCUCUGAAAAUAACUUUCAGCUGGAACAAAUUUAUGGUCCACGUGAUAUUAACCAAGAAAGCUAUGGGGACUCGUAUUCAGAAAAUAACUGCAGUGACACAACGAACCCAAUUAUACCGAAUGUUACUCAAAAUCAUUGUGAGACAGAAACUUAUAUUGAAUCAGCUUAUCCGAUUUCUAAUGACAAUGUAUCAGACAUGGGUUCUCAGAACAAUGCAUGUUAUUUUGAUGAAAUUUCUCAUAAAAAUCAGGAAAAUAUAUCAGCUGAGUCAAAUUAUGGUCAAAAGUCUAAAUUAAUUUUGUUAGAUGUUGAUUUCUGUAAUGAUCCAUUAUCCACUGAUGAAAUUUCUAAUGGAUUUGAAAGUAAUGCUUCAGAAGAAUUAAACCCUGACCUCAAAUCAAAGGUCGUUCAUUAUCAUCUAGUCAUUCCUAGUGGAUACGACAUUCAAUGUAAGAAACAUCGUUUAAAUAAAGUCCUAUUAUUUGUAACUUGGAGACAUAAGGAUCCGACAUUGUUCCGCGGAGGAGGAGAAUGUUGGAGAAUUAAAAGUUAUGCAUACUUUUUUUUUAAAAGAAAAAUCAAAACGCCGGGAACAGACAUGUCAGUCUCUGUGCAAGGAAAAAGUGAUAAUUCUUCAUUGCCUAGACGAUGGACUAAUCGGAAGCACAAGCCAGUCACUCAGUUGCAGUUGGACCCUAGCACCAGAUCCUACGAAUCUGCUCAGAGGGGAGGUGUUAGCGGGACAUAGACUAGAUUAAAGCAUGCUCAAUGCAUGAUUGCUUUGGUGCACGCUGAUUGGCUAAUUCUUAUCCAAUCAGCACUAGCCGAUAGUUGGAGAAUACUCUGGAAUCUUCUUAUGUAAAAACUAUAAAUAUACUGACGUUUUUCCCUAUUGUGCUUCCUACUGGCUUCUGACUUGCUAUUUGGAAUAUAAUCUCUUUCCUGUUC